UUGUGUCUGACCAAUCAGCUGGGUGGUCUUAAGGGUUGUCGGGUACCCUGGUGGGCGUAUGCAGAUAGCUGUGCGAGCUACAUCGAGCAGCCUGCAUGUUUGGGCAAAUUAACUGUCUAGUGCAUCACACUGGAUCUAUGCUAGAGGGAAAAAACCUGUGUAUGUACGCGAGGGCAUAAGCCAAACGCCGGCAUGUUUUGACGGUUGUAUGAUCAGCCCGUUGCGUCUGGUUCAUCAAAAGCGGCAUCUUUUAAACACAAGAGAGGUGCUUGAUAGAGCUUCAUUGUACCUUGAUUCUACCGGUACCUACUCCAGUUUGUGACACCGACAACAGGGAAUUCUGAGUACGGAAGGAAAUAUUCAGCAUUGUCGUGUUUGAAGCGAUCAGCGCGAUGCUCAUGGCAUGAGUUGUUGGACAGCUUGUCUGGAUCACCAUCUUCGUCGCUGUCAUUCACUCAAAUUCUUCCCUGUCGACGUUCACCUUUUUUGGCAGUGCCAGCAUAGUUUGUGACCUCCACAUUUGUUGAAUGUCAACGAAGGAACGUGGCGGCAUUGUUUGGUUUGUUUGUCAACAAACAGCAACGUGAUUUCUAUAUUUUGACAUCAGGGCACUGUGGAGUUAACAAUCCUUUUUAUAGCUUCAUGAACAUACUACAUACCCCGGAUGACCUCCAUCCUCAACUGUAUAAACACUAUACAUCUACCGUCAAGAGUUCGACGCGACAGCAACUGGUUUUAAUUUUCAAUCAUGAUGCUAGCUUGUGACGCACAAAUCUGUGGAAUUUAAAUGUCACAUAGCAGCUGCGAAUGACGAAGGUCCCUUUGAUGGAAUUGCAUCGAUCUACAUACCCACCUUCAUGAUCAAAUGGGAAAUUGUCUGUAAUUGUGCUGCACAAAUGGAUGUUAAAAGCACUGUGUUUGCCUUUUGACAAAUUUGAAGGUUUGUUUCCUACCCAGUUUCCAAUUUAUCUCCACAUUUUUUCCUCGGGAGCUUUGCUUUAACACUGAUCAGCUUCUCUGGAUGCUUUAGAAGUCUGCAGAUUGAAAUACUUUGCCCCAGGAAUUAGUGUAUGAUUUUUAAGCGGUUUCAAAAAGGAGAAAUUGGAAUCUGUUGAAAAGAUGACAUCAGUAUUAACUAUGACAGUGUCGCUGAUAUUAACUGGUAGGACAAAUGUUUUCUUAAAACUCUACACUGGUGCUGCAAAAACGCCGAACCCUGGAUGCGGUUUAAAGUUGUCACCGUUACAGAAGCUUGCUUUGGAUUAAAUACACCUUUAUUCCUUGCCCAGGAUAUCAAAUACUAAGAAAAAAUUGUUGCUGAGAGGUGGACAACAGGUCAAACUCUGAAACGUUGGGAUUGCGUUUUUCUAAAAUCCGAGAUUGCUUGUUUGGUUUUUUUUGGAGCGGAGGGUGUAAGCGGUGGUUUUGCCGAUGGUUCAGCAAGGUCACGGAGACCCAAGUCAAGGCAUGCUGUCGCGAGACACUUCCGCCUCGUGGCGGAAGACUGAAGGCUCCCCCUACUUGCCUGUCAACCCCCUCACCGUAGCCAGUCGUAGGAGGGUCAAUGGAAGACGCCCAACUGCGAAGCGCUACACCCUGACAGCGGCCAAUGGUUACCACGACGAUGACCUCGUGGAGUCUCACCGUCGCCAUCUAGACACCAUUGACAUGGCGACCGCGCAGGGCUCCCUGUCCAAUCACGUGACGCGCUCGUCCCGUCCGCAAGCAGGCAGCUUUGAGGAGCAAGGCUACGUUAACCAGAAAGAGGAGAUGGCCGCCAUGCAGAAUCGUAUCCCACAGACGUUUCGCGACGCCACAACCGCCCCGCUGCGCAAGCUCAGUGUGGAUUUGAUCAAGACCUACAAGCAUAUCAACGAGGUUUAUUAUGCUAAGAAGAAGCGUCGCGCUCUGCCAGCUCAGGGUGACGACACGAGCCACAAGAAAGAAAAACGGCUCUACAACGAUGGCUACGACGACGAUAAUUACGAUUACAUCAUACGGAACGGAGAAAAGUGGGAAGAUCGGUACGAGAUUGACUCCCUCAUCGGGAAGGGCUCCUUCGGUCAGGUUGCCAAGGCAUAUGACCACCAGGAACAGGAAUAUGUCGCCAUCAAGAUUAUCAAGAACAAGAAACCCUUCCUCAAUCAAGCUCAGAUAGAGGUCCGCCUCCUGGAGCUCAUGAAUAAACAUGACACCGAUUGCAAGUACUAUAUUGUCAAACUUAAGCGUCAUUUCAUGUUCCGCAACCACCUGUGUCUAGUCUUCGAGCUUCUUUCUUACAAUCUCUACGAUCUUCUGAGGAACACUAACUUCCGCGGCGUCUCGCUCAACCUGACGCGCAAGUUUGCGCAGCAGAUGUGCACGGCGCUGCUGUUUCUGGCCACGCCGGAGCUGAACAUCAUCCAUUGCGACCUGAAGCCAGAGAACAUCUUGCUGUGCAACCCAAAGCGAAGUGCAAUCAAGAUUGUGGACUUUGGAAGCUCCUGUCAGCUAGGUCAAAGGAUAUACCAGUACAUCCAGAGUCGGUUCUACAGGUCCCCAGAGGUUCUGCUGGGUAUCCCCUACGACAUGGCAAUCGACAUGUGGAGUCUGGGAUGCAUACUUGUCGAGAUGCACACGGGAGAACCGUUGUUCAGUGGCUCCAACGAGGUGGAUCAGAUGAACAAGAUCAUUGAGGUUCUCGGGAUGCCCCCGCCGCAUAUCAUUGAUCAGGCGCCCAAGGCCCACAAGUACUUCAUCAAAUCCGACAAAGUCUGGGUGCUCAAGAAGACGAGAGACGGCAAGAAGUACAAGUCACCAGGGUCAAGGAAACUCCACGACAUUUUAGGGGUGGAGACUGGGGGUCCAGGCGGGAGGCGGGCAGGAGAGUUGGGCCACUCGGUGUCCGACUACCUCAAGUUCAAGGACCUUAUACUGAGAAUGCUUGAGUACGACCCAGCGGUGCGAAUCAAGCCCUACUACGCCCUCCAGCACUCGUUCUUCAAGCGAACGGCGGACGAGAGCACGAACACGAGUAACACCCCCUCCACAAGUCCCGCAAUGGACCAGGCCGCCACGCCCCCAACAGGGGAUGCUUCCUCGGGCUCAAGUUCAGGUGGAGCAACAGGUGGGAGUCGGGGGUCGGGCUCAGGGUCUGGAGGUCGAGCACGCUCAGAUCCAUCCCAGACAAACACGACUGGUUCCCACCAGGGUGGUUCCCAUCAUGCCUCCCAGCACACCGCCGCAGGUAGCGGCACGAUGGAUUAUGAGCCCUCUGCAACUCACGGUGCCGGCACGGCCGCGGCGUCGCAAACCUGGGGUUCCGGAGAUGGCAACUCCAUCACCGCCAGGCCAAACAACAGUGCACACGGACACUUUCACGGGGGGUACCACUCCCACGGACACUCGCGUAAGCACCACCCGCACCAUGCGUCCCCUUCCAGUACAGGUGGGGUCACACAAAACACCAUCGUAGUCCCCCAGCCGUCGCAAAAUCCCGUCACGAACUUGUCUUCCGGUGCGCCAGCGCAUGCGCACUACAACGCCUCGGACGCUACAACAGGGUCUGGCUAUGUGUACCACGGACAGUUGGAUUGUACCCAGAGCGGAUCCAUGAAUAUGCAAUUAGCCGGUUACGGGGGGAACACCCACUCGUUACUAGGGAGCCAUGCCCACACGACGACGUCUGGCAGUAACCCCCAUAUACAUGGACCGAGUGCAACGAACGCUAAUAUAAAUUAUGCAGCGGCUGUGGGGACGGCACCCUAUGGGUACUCGAUAACAGCGCAAGCCUCUGUGAACCCAGUUCUAGUGACGACACAACCAACAAGACAGGGUGACGAGUCACCAAUGGUGGGCGUGGUACAACAAAGCCCCGUUGUGAGCCACUAACCUCUGUCAAUAUUUGUAGAUUACUUAUUUUAGCUAGAGAGCAUUGUAGAUAAGUGUUUUUUUUAACUGCACCGUUUUUAAUGAGGUUCUUCUUGGGCCCCGUGUUGCAACGGUGAAACCACCCCCCAUGCAAAGAAUGCAGUGACCCCAAAAAUGCUUGAUGAAGUACAUACUGUACUCUUCCAUUAACCUGAAGGGGGGAGGACUUGCUUCUCAUACAUGGAAAAUUGGGUCCUGCAAUUGAUGUGUGAUACCUACCCAACUGAUGAAUGCAAAGUCCUCGAGUGUUCCGUGUUGUAUCCUCCCUUGGUCUCCACCAUUCUUUACAAAGAGGUAGGCUAGCAAGAAAGCUUCAGUUUCUCGU